AUGUCGGCCUCGAACGCGCAGGGAGCUUCGAUUCUGAAUGACUUGCAGGCAGCAGUCGAAGUAUUCCUGGCAGGAGCUUGGCAGGUGCUUUCCCCGGGCAGGAUCCUUCCAGUCGCAUCGGCUGGGACACUAAAGGUUCGACUGCGUGAGCACCCUGAGGUGCACGGGGAGUGGUUCGCGAUGGGCCAGUUGAGGGCAUCAGAGUCUUUUGGGAGCUUCAGUGAAGCGGCAAGGCAACUAGACAAAGCAGCGGAGCAGGAAGUGAUGCGAGAAAAGUAUCGCAACGAGAGGAAAACGGCGGCGCAGUCACCAGAGUCAGGGACAGGGCAAAAGAAGAACAAAACAUGGUUUUGGCGCUUCGCUAAUUGUUGCUGUAAUGAAGUUGCGCGGUCGGAUAACAUCCCACUUCCACUCGCGCUUCUCCUUACCAUUCCCUGGCUCAGCCUGGGUCUUUUUGCUGCAUGCGUCGGCUCCUUGUGCCCGGGUCUGGCAAAAACACUUGGGAUUGAGUUGUUCCCAGAGUCGAAGGGCCACAAUGUGGAGGCUCCGGCUUCCGAGGCUUCCCUCGUUUUCCAAGGCUCGGCCAACAGAGGGACACUUAGUGCUGCAGUGGUCUUUUUGCGUGAUGACAUACCGGAGCACGUUGCGAUCCCCUUAGAGGAAGAGAUCCCAGGAGAUUGCUGGUGCUAUGCGCUCUUCGGCCAGCAGAAGCAGUGCGGAUGCCGAUGGUUUAGCAUCUGGACUCAGAAUGUUGACGAAGCUGUAAAGCAGGGUGCCCAGCUCCACGUCUAUUACUGCAGAAACUCUGUCGGCAAAGGCAAAGCGCAAAGCUUCCAGACUCUUGCCGCCGAGCACGAGCGCCGGGAGAAGCUAAACCAGCUCUUCGAGCAGUUCCAGCACUCUGGGGAAUUCCAGGCGUUGCGAAUGGCCGGGCUUGACAACCUUUCCCGCGAGGCAGGGGAAGAUGGGACCUCUCGAUACAGCCGCGAAGUGCGACGGCUUUUCCGAGAUUCAGGCAGGCUUUCGGAAGAGGACGCCCAGUUUCUGCGGAGCUCUGCGGGCCUCGAGGAUAUCCAAAAGGCGCAGGUUGCAUGGCUCGAGAGGAAGGGGUACCGGUACUCGGAGCUGGAUGUUGGCAUUUGGCUCGCGCCUUUGCCUUUGAAGAUGCCAGGAAGUAUGCCAUCGGUUCCACCGGGGAUGCAGUCGCAGGCUAUGCCACCCGUGCCGGUGAUCAUGGGAAAGGUCGUAGAAUCAGACCCGGAAGUGCCUCCACAGACCAGGCCGGAGGGGGCAAAGGGAUAUGGGGGCGAGCUGUGGAAAGGAGGAGGGAAGGGAGGAAAAGGGAAGGAUGUGGGGAAGGGAAGGGGAGGGAAGGGAGGGACCAUGACACAGGCCCUCACGCCUCUUCAGCCCCAGAUGGUGAUGGCCCCUGCCAUCCCAGGCCCUGCCAAAGGCUCCUCCUGA